CAGUGCGGCUCUCCACAUGACGGCCACUGCAGUGAGUGCGACGCAGAGGACCUGACGUGCAGGACGCUGUGCGGCUGGAACUGCGCCUGCCGCUGCAUGGGCUGGCCGACGGGCGGUCUGGACGCGGACUCGCACGACCGGUGGGACAAAUGCUACGAGGAGAGGGGCUGCACUCUAAGCAAAAGGGAGGAGUGCCAGAAGAACUGCGGCAGCAGUGAGUCCUGUAAGAACCUGUGCAUAAUGGACAGGGAGAGGUGCAGCUGUGGCUGCAUCCAGCACGCGGCGGCCAGCAGGACCGAAUCAGCGCCGGCAGCUACCACCGCUACCAGCACCAGACACCACCAUUAAAACACGAGUAGUCACAGUGCGACAGUACAUAUUGUUUGGAGUUGUUGUUACUACAUUUAAUUUUCAUUGAC